AUGAAGUAUAUUGGAUCACCUGAACGCCGCACAACUCCGCGGCUCACACACGGGCGUGACGUCACGCGCUCGGACCGUGCCGCGACCCGCUGCUCCGGCUAUGCUAGCGGGGUUCGCGCCGACACAUGUUACCGCACAAAACACCGCGAAUACCCGCCGCUGGUUGACCGCACGGUAGUGAGCGACGGUUGCGGUGUCUGCGGGAGGUUUCCGCUGCAGAUUAAAAGUGAAAGCGGAAAUCGGAGCUUCGUGACUUUGCCUCUAAAUCAAAAGCAGCUCCACCUUCGUCAUCAUGGACUCCUGAAGUCUUCAGGGUUCAGCGACUCGUCAGGUCGCUCUCGGAGGUUGUUUCUGGACCAGAGGUCGACCGUUCAGCCCUACGUCCUGUCCGACCUCCCGAGCAGACGGAGCGUUUGGGGACAGAUGGGGAGCAGCUGCUGUCACGCUGAAAGUCCCUGUGGCAGUGCGGAGGAAAGAAGUGUUCUGCUGAAGAAUGACUCGAAGACCACGACGGCCACAGGCGAUACGACUGUGGUGGGCACUUGUGGUCCUGAAGGAGAUGACGAGAUGAGGAAAACGCCUGAUGAUAAUAAUAUAAAGGUGGAGGUGAAGGCCGAGGAGGUGAAGGUGAAGGCUGAGGCUGUGGAGGUGAAGGCUGUGGAGGUGAAGGCUGAGGCUGUGGAGGUGAAGGCUGUGCAAGUGAAGCAGAGUCCUGAGGUUGGAGACUCGGAGCCCAAUAACACUCAGGAGAAUAGAGCCUUGCAGGAGGUGGUCAAACAAAAGGCGACACCUUCUCCGAGGAAAGGGUCCGAACCCGAAGAAAACUCCUCCAGAGCACAAGAUGAAGAUGCAAAAAACCGCCCUGCAGGCAGUGAAGAAGCUGAACUUCUGCAAUGCACUUUAAACUCCCCGCAGAAAGCCGCAGCUGAUUGGCAGGUUUUUAAAGCUACAAAUGCGGCGCCAAAAGAAGAAAAUCCAGCCUCAACGCAGGACAAAAUCCCCGAUAUCGCCUCACUAACAGCCGAGACAGUUUGCCCUGAAAACCAUACUGAGAUAAACACAACAAGCGAGCACAUUACAUUGGCCAACGCUCAUGAUAAUGAUGAAGAAGCAGGCUCCGAGGUCACCGCUGACAGCACUGUAGCCGAGCCAUCUGGGGAGUUUCCUCAAAAUAAUGAAGCGUUAUCUGCGCCAAACACAGCAGCUUGUCAGGUGUCGUCCAUCUCUGUGGUCAGUCAGGAGAUCGACAAAGAGUCUCCGAGCUGUGCUGUGACAGAGCAUUCAGAGAAUGGGAGUUCUUCAGUGUGCGAUGAGGCCGGUCCUGAAGUCAUAAAAAGCCAUGAUGUCUCCGAGUCUUCUCCGGGAUCCGAGCCCUCAGGACUCAACCACAGCGGUGAGGAACGAAGCGCCGCCAACUUUGUCGGGCAGCCAGAGACCACUGCACCGCCAGACGCCAGCGAGAGCUCAAAGUCAAAUCAGGAUGCAAAGCCAGAUCUUGAGUGUGCGACGAUGAGCUCGAAGGAGGUCACUUCCUCGGAGAGCAUCAUUGGGGAGAAAAGGAAAGACCACGACAAAGAUGGAGAUGUUCCCGUAGCGAAGGAGGACGAAGAGAUCAAGGAGGAGGUGGAAAACACUCCCGCAGAGGCCGAGACCGAGGCUGGGAAUGCUGAGAUCCCAGAGUUAACUGGAAAAGAGGAGCUGUCAGGGAGCACAUCCACCGGUGUAACAGCUGACGAGAUAUCCGUCACAGAGAAUGAAGACUCUGCUGAAGAUGGCUUGGGGAACAGUGAGGAAGACUUGUACAGAGGAGCCGAGGAGCUGUCAGCAUCGCAAACAAAUAAACCAGGAACACAUUUAAAGGUGGAGGACAGAUGUAGUUUGGCCCCAGCCGUGGACAUUCUGUCUUACAGUGAGAGAGAGUGGAAAGGAAACACUGCCAAAAGUGCUCUCAUUAGAAAGGGUUAUGAAGAGAUGUCCCAGAGGUUUGGCAGCUUGAGGAGAGUGAGGGGAGACAACUACUGUGCCCUCAGAGCGACACUGUUCCAGGUGCUCUCCCACAGCACCCAGCUGCCCUCAUGGCUGCAGGAGGAGGACGUUAUUAUGCUGCCGGAGCAACUUGAGGCCCAGAAAGGUCUGAUAAGUCAGUGGACAUUUCCUGGAGAAUGCCUGCAGGGAGAUGGGACAGGAGAUGCCACACUGCAGCUAAAAGGCUACAUGGAGCUUCUCAGAAAUAAGUGGCAGGCAGCAGUGGACUGCCCCUCGGCUGUGGAGCGGCAGCAGCUGUGCGAGCAAGUGUUUCAGGGAGGAGAAGAGGAGCUGGGGCUGCUGGAGGCGCUGAAGCUGCUGAUGCUGGGCAGAGCGGCGGAGCUGCACGGCUGCAUGCAGACCGGCGAAGACGUCCCGCUCUUCUGCUGGCUGCUGUUCGCCAGGGACACGUCCGACUGCCCGCGCUCCUUCCUCUCCAACCACCUCAGCCACGUGGGCCUCAGUGCCGGGCUGGAGCAGGUGGAGAUGUUCCUGCUGGGCUACGCCUUGCAGUGCACCAUUCAAGUUUACAGACUGUACAAGGCCGACACGGAGGAGUUUGUCACCUAUUACCCAGACGACCAUAAGGACGACUGGCCGUCCGUGUGCCUCGUCACAGAGGACGAUCGCCACUACAAUGUGCCAGUCGUAGACGCCGCAGAACACGAGGAGCUCGACUCGAGCUGAUCGUUCGCUGCAGAGAAAUCUCCUGCCAUACAAACACUCCUCAGGUCGAUCAUGAUUAAUAGAGUUACGCCAAUUAAAGGGAUAGUUUGACAUUUUGGGUUCAGUGAGAAGAUUGAUAUCACUCAGUCUGUCCAUUAAAGAUGAAGGUACAGCUAGCUUAGCUUAGCACAAAGUCUGGAAAUGGGAGGGAAACAGGUGGCCUUGCUCUGUCCUAAGGUAAUAAAAUCAGCCUGGCAGCACCUCUCUGGCUCAUUAGUUAACAGGUUGUAUCUUGUUUGUAAGAUUUGUUGUUGUCUGAACAAAAAGUGAAGGGCAAAAAUGACACAUUGUGGUUUUACAGACUUUCCCUUCACCGUGAGGUUAAACAAACAAGAUCAAACGUGAUAAUUAGUCAGCUUUAGAACUACUGGUAGGUGGAUUUUAUUACCUUAGGACAGAACAAAUUCCCUCCAGUCUUUGUGCUAUAAGAGUUAUUAUAGUUUUAUAUUUUUCAUUAGUUUUAAUUUGUUUUUAAUUCAGUUUAGUUUCCAGCGUGGGUUUGUUCAUAUCAGUUUACUUUUUUGUUGUUUAAAAAUGUUAGUUUAGAAUUAGUUUUAGGGCUUUUUAUAUUGUCAUAUAAAGGGGUGUUUAUCAGGGGCAAGAUUUAAGAAGUUCAAUAGAGGUAUUACAAAACAAGCACAUCGACAGUCUCAAUAAACAUACGCACUGAUGCCUGGUCAGGGUUGCUGUGUUGACAAAUUUGACCAAAUUGAGACUAAAACUGAAGAUAUUUUUAUUUUAUUUUAGUUAGUUUUGUACAUACAAAGUCUAGUCUGUUUUGUCCCCCCUAGUUUAACCUUGGUGAUAAGCUAACUGGCUGCUAGUGUUUGCUUCAUACUUUGCGUACAGACAUGAGAAGCGUAUCGAUCUUCUUCCUCGCGACAAGAAAGCAAAUAAGCAUACCAUCCCAAAUGUCUAUUCCUUUAACAAUAUGCUGAUUUGAGACCCUGUACAAGAUGUGGUUUACACACAUUUGUACACACUGUACUGUAUACAGAGUUUUCUAUUUGGGUGUGUGUACAUAUAUGUGCAUCUGAUAUUGCAGGAUCAUCUCAGUUGAGUCCCAAAUUAGUUUGAAGGACAAGUUUUUCUGAGCAAUCCUGAUUUAAAAAACAAACAAACAGUGGAGCUGCCAACAGCAGCCAAAGUGAUGAGAUGGUUGGUGUUUACACUGGAAUCCGAGUGCUUUGAUUUGUGUAUUUAUUAUUUUUCAUAAUGUCGGGGGGGGGAAAAAAAAGAAGAAAAAAGCAUCUUAAAUUAAGAAGACUGGAAGUCGUAGGUGAAACGACUGAAUCAGUCAGUGAAAGGUUAGAUGAUUUAUCAGGUUUAACAACAGCUCACACCAGAUGACGAUUGGAAGACUUAAUCGCAGCCUCUGUGUCAGAGGAUUUGUGGUGGUCUGUGUGUGUGUGUGUGUUUGAAACUGUGUGUGUGUCAAACUCAAUGUGUAACAUGUUGCCUUUAACCAAGCUGUUCUGAAGGGAAAGAAACGUGCCAAUAUUGCUGCAAAUACUGGCAACAGUCCCCAACCACCAGCCACUGGAUUCAGUAGUAAACGCCCGCUUGGUCCUCCAUGUUGCCUUAGAAAUAAUGCACAAUAAGAAUGAAUGUUGGUCAGUAGUGAUAAGAGGCCAUUUCCUCGCCCUGAUUCCAGAGCAGGUGAGAGUGAUACGUUAACAGUAAAACAUUGAUUAUGCCAUUUGCAGGAAUGUUCUUUGUUGUGUAAGAUUUGUUUGGAUGGCAAAAUUAUGGUAAAAGUUUUUUUCUCUCUUUUGGUUUAAUCAGCUUGAUACUUUUUUGACUGAGAACUAUAAAGAUGAUUUUGAACUGAGGUUUCAGAAGUUCACUACAGGAAAUGACAUCUGUUUGGACAUCUGUUCUGUAAAAUGGUUUUUUGGUUGAAUACAAAAGGCUUUUUCCUACGCUCUA